CUACAGGUCUCAUCCUUGAAGCCAAUGGCUAUGGAAAAUGACUCCUCUGUGACAGAGUUCAUCCUUAUGGGAUUAACAGACCAACCUGAGCUGCAGCUGCCCCUGUUCUUCCUGUUCUUGGUGAACUAUGCCAUCACUGUGGUGGGAAACUUAAGCUUAAUUCAUCUAAUUUGCUUGAAUUCACACCUUCACACCCCCAUGUACUUUUUCCUCUUCAAUCUGUCCUUCAUUGACUUCUGUUAUUCAUCUGUCUUUACUCCUAAAAUGCUGAUGAGCUUUGUUUCAGAGAGGAACAUCAYCUCCUUUGCAGRAUGCAUGACUCAGYUAUUUUUCYWCUGCUUUUUUGUGAACUCMSAGUGCUAUGUGCUGACAGCCAUGGCCUAUGAUCGCUAUGUGGCCAUCUGUCAGCCUCUGCUGUACAGGGUGGUCAUGUCCCCUAGGGUCUGUUCUCUGCUGAUGUUGGGUUCUUACUUGAUGGGGUUUGCUGGUGCCAUGGUGCACACAGGGUGCAUGAUCAGGCUCAGCUUUUGUGAUUCUAACCUCAUUAACCAUUAUAUGUGUGAGAUUUUCCCCCUUCUUCAGCUUUCCUGUAGCAACACCUAUGCCAAUGAGCUUGUGAGUUCUGUUGUUGUGGCAACUGUUGUUAUUGUGUCUAGCCUUGUUAUCUUCAUCUCCUAUGCCUUGAUUCUUUACAAUAUCAUUCAUAUGUCUUCAGCUAAGGGUUGGUCCAAAGCCAUGAGCACCUGUGGUUCUCACAUAGUAACUGUUGGCCUGUUCUAUGGAUCUGGGCUGCUCACUCAUGUUAAACCAUCAUCUUCAGGGUCUUUUGGCCAGCGUAUAUUUUUCCUGGUGUUUUCAGUGUUUAAUACUCUUGUGGUGCCCAUGCUGAAUCCCCUCAUUUAUAGCCUUAGGAACAAGGACGUCAAGCUUGCUCUGAAGAGAACCCUGAACAGAUUAAACUGA